AUGGUUCGCAUACGCAAAAAGACGAGUAAUAGGACCUCGACUGCCCAGAGGGCAAAGGUCAAGAAGAAAGCUAGAGAGUCAAAGAAGAAGAAUAGGAAAGAGGCGAAAAAGAACCCUCAACUUCAUAAAAAGAAAAAGAAGAAGGAUCCUGGCAUCCCUAAUAGCUUUCCCUUCAAGGAUCAAAUUCUGGCAGAGGUGGCAGAAGCUCGAAGAAUGGCUAUGGAGGAGAAGCAACAGCAAAAAGAUCAAAAGCGAUCCGACCCCACCUCGAAUGGUCAAACCGCAUCAGUUCAGGCCAAUCAAACAUCCUCAACUGGUUUGAAACCGUCUCUUAUCAGUAAUGAGAUGGAC